UUUGCGACGUGAAGAAAGCCGGCCACAGAUUUCACUUUGCAGUGGUGGCAAGCGGACUACAACUGAAAUGGUCCUCGCACUUCAAAUAUCUCAGCUUUUCUUUCGCACAGGAUAUGCUAGAAGCAAAGGAGCGUCGUUGACGUUGCAGAAAUGCAUGAGCAAUACAUCAUACCAGUACAUAUUAAUCAACACUUUAGGUGAAAAGAAGAAUGUUGGUCUGGUCCAAUUAAACAGGCCAAAGGCCCUGAAUGCCUUAUGUACUGAUUUAAUACUGGAAAUGGAUGCAGCUAUUGCCAAAUUUGAAAAAGAUGAUAAAAUUGGAGCUAUUAUUAUCACAGGGAAUGAAAAAGCAUUUGCCGCAGGUGCUGACAUAAAGGAAAUGCUGAACCAAACAUAUUCUGAAGUCAUGAAGGGAAGCUUGUUUGGUGAAUGGAAACGAAUCUCACACUGUAGUAAACCUGUGAUAGCUGCUGUAAAUGGAUAUGCACUAGGUGGAGGAUGUGAAAUGGCAAUGAUGUGUGAUAUUAUUUAUGCUGGUGACAAAGCACGUUUUGGGCAACCAGAAAUUAUAAUUGGAACACUACCAGGAGCUGGUGGUACUCAGAGAUUGACAAGAGCUGUUGGAAAAUCAAAGGCAAUGGAAAUGUGUUUAACUGGCGAUCAAGUUACUGCAAAGGAAGCCGAAAGAAUGGGUCUUGUGAGUAAAGUGUUCCCUGCUAGCCAACUUAUGAGUGAAGUCAUCAAAUUAGCAGAGAAAAUCUCUUCAUAUUCGCCACUGAUUGUGACUCUGUGCAAAGAGGCAGUAAACACAGCCCUUGAAACUACUCUACAAGAUGGCCUUCAACUUGAAAAGUGCCUAGCCUAUGCAACAUUUGCAACUGACGACCGCAAGGAAGGGGUGACAGCCUUUGUUGAAAAAAGAGCACCAAAUUUCAAAAAUAGUUAAUUUUGGUAAAAAGAUGUAUAAUGAGGAGAUUUGACAAGUGAGCUUCUGGAUACUAAGCUGGAUUUGCUACACAUAAUACAAUUUGAAAUAAAAACAAUCAUAAAUGCAAAGUAAGCAAUGCCUACAACUUUUUUAAUCCUACACAUUAUAUAAGAUAAUCAAGAGCAUCAUUACUAUUCUGUGCAUUAUGUAUUCUGCAUCACAUAUAGUAUGUUGCAAUUUCACACUAGAUACAAUCAUAAAAAUAAACUACUGUUUGCCUCAGAUCACUCAUGUUUUCUUUCAUACUGUAUAAUCAGCAACAGAUACACUUUUACCUAAAUAUUAUGUUUUUAGAAAUAUCUCUGGCUGAGUUUUCUGUCCAUUGUAUCAUACAUAAUGUUUGUAGCCAACAUAGUGACAUAUGUAAGAUUAAUUACUUAAGUAGCUUCUUAAUUGAUAUGGUAUACAAUUUGAUUGAUGAUGAUAAUUGAACUUAUCUUUUACCAGUUACCAUCUGCAAAAAUAAUCUCAUCCAGUGUCACACAGACAUUUU